AUGAAGAAGUACUUAGGAGAGGCACCCCUGUUAUCUAAACCUAAACCACAGGAAUCACUACUACUAUACUUGGCGGUCUCGGGUGAGGCGGUCAGCGCAUUCAUAGUUAGAGAAGAAGAUGACCAUCAAUUGCCAGUAUACUAUGUCAGCAAAGCACUACUCCCGACGGAAACCCGCUACCCGGACAUGGAAAAACUGGCACUCGCCCUCAUCACAGUGUCAAGGAAACUGAGGUCAUACUUUCAGGCCCACUCAAUCGAAGUUCUCACCAACUUCCCAUUAAAGCAGGUACUACAGAGAAUGAAAGCUUCGGGCCGCCUGCUAAAAUGGGCAAUUGAUCUCAGUGAGUUCGACCUACUGUUCCGACCUAGACAUGCCAUCAAGGGACAAACCCUUGCAGAUUUUGUGGCUGAAUUUUCCAUAGCGCCAGAAAUGGAGGUGGCAAUGGAACCAGCCGAGCCCCCAACAUGGCGCUUGUUCGUGGAUGGAUCCUCAGGAAAGACUGGCUCCGGAGCUGGGAUCAUCUUGAAAAGCCCGGAAGGCCACAAGCUAAAUUUCACAGUAAGGUUCGACUUUAAAGCCUCGAACAACGCUGUCGAAUAUGAGGCCCUUCUAGCAGGCCUUAGGCUCGCAAAAGAAAUGCAAGUCAGAAGGCUCCUGGCAAACAGCGACUCUCAACUUGUGGUGAGUCAGGUCAACGGGAACUUUGUCGUCAAAGACAGUAGCAUGGCUGCAUAUUUAAAAUUGAUCCUGGACCUAAUCCCACAUUUCGAGAGGUUCGAAAUUGAUCCAAGUCCCACGUCUCGAGAACACUCACGCAGACGCCUUGUCAAAAUUAGCCAGCAGCAAAGACUCAGAGCUGCUAAAGAUAGUCCCCAUUAA